UUAUCAUAGUACUUUGCACCUCGGUCUUCGACUCUCGAGACUGAGGUGAAUUGGAGUAUUUGCAUACAUUCAUUAUAGACUUCAUUCCUCGUCCGUCGUGUCCUCGAACAAAAGUUACUGGGCGGUCUGUGGGUGUCUGUACAGAGAUUCACAGCGCAAGGUGUCACUGUGAUGGACUGGCUAAUUGGGACCAAGCUGUAGAUCUUGCACGCUGUGCAGCACCGUACAGCGCGAAGUGGUUUACUAAUGUGCGUGUCUUAUCACAUACUUUUAAGCCUCAAUAUGACAGUAUAGCCCGUGGCUUGGGCCUGGCCUGUGAGGGCCUGUGGGCCGGGGCCUGAAGCCAGACCAGGCACAUCACUAUUCAUCGCCGUGUUUUGGUGUUGUCAUAGUAAGUAUAUCAUAGCUUUCAUGUAUUUAACACUCGAUGGUACUGAUCUGAGCCAACACAGGAUGGAUCUGCACAGGAACUCCGAAGCCAAGACAGCGACCGCAACAGUUCAACUUCCCUUUCUCGAACAACAGGAUGUCAACAUCGAAACCCAUGGGAAACACAUAACAAUAUCUAUGCAUUUGAAGCGCUCAAAAAGGGCGGAUAUACGGUACAGCAACAUUUGUAUGGCAAAUCUUCUAGGUUAUGGCAAUUACAUCGUCCAGGCCAAGGCUUUCCAUAGAUGGAGAAUGGAAUGGUUACCGUGCGCUUCAUCGCGUAAAUAUGUCAUGCUAUCUGCAUGUUGCGACAUGUGACUGUUU